UGUUCUAAGUAUCACAGUGUAGGUCUAGUGCAAAGACGACCGAGUGGAAAAAAGAUUCUUUCCGGAAAGAGCUAUUUUGUGGUCGCCCUGGACACCAAUGUUACCCGGCCUCUAGUCUAGGCUCCUAUUUUUAUCCAGUAACAUUACCUUGGCUUACUCGCUUAGGUAGGAUUGGAUCACCUUUCUUUCUCAUUUUGUGGACCGUAUUCUGGUAUUAGUAUUGUGUCUUCGAGUCGGUGUAGGUUUUAUUCCCCGCUCAUUUCAGUCUUGUCCGGAUCUAUCACUUAUCAGUGAGGCGCGUUGUUGAUCCACGGGUUACUAAAUAUACCUGAACCCUGUAGGUCUACGCGUGGGUGUUUCAUGUUUGUAUCCAGUGCAGUGCAUCUUUCCCAGCCUGAGAAGUGGCGCGCUCCCAACCUAGCACAGGCGAAACGUGGCAGCGACACCUAGUGUUACUUCAAUCAGACUGUUCACUGAAUAAGUACAAGUGGCACCAUACUCCAUUGACCAUAGCCUAACUGCGAGGAACGCAUCAAGUAACUGACCUCAAAGAGUCAAAGACGCACGAUCACCCUCUUUUUGGCCCGUGCAAGAACCGAAACGGACAGCAAGCAUCCGAAUACCAAUCCCGCCAACUCCACCAGCGAGCUGCGGGGAAGCAGUUUCAGCAGUGGGAGCUUCGUCGCAGUCUGUAAAUUAAAAGGAUUGACGAGUUGCGAACCAGUCGAUAAGAGAGACGGCACUUGAGCUGAUCGAGAUCGAAUCACAGACGCGCGAAGUGAGAAGAUGGCAGAAAAUGGCAUCGGCUCCUUCUCGGAGCUGAAGCUGGAAACUGAAGCGGUGGCUGCCGGUGGCACAGGCGAUCUUCGUGGUACUGCUACCCCAGCAUCGCCUCCAGCAGCAGCGGGAGCAACAUCAAGCGAUGGUGUGCGCCAGGGCAGCAGCUACCUACGGGACUCGACCCACCAGGCAGCACCGGCCAUGCAAGGCGGACAACUAGUCACCAUCCAACUGGAAAACGUGCCGCUGUGGGAGGAAUUCAGAACUUGCCCGACGGAGAUGGUGGUCACUCGUCAAGGAAGACGUAUGUUUCCGGUCGUGACUGUGUCGGUCAAGGGCCUUCGGCCGGAGGCAAUGUACUCUGUGUUCAUGGAUAUGAUCUUGGUAGACAACCAUCGCUGGAAGUAUGUGCGCGGAGAAUGGGUGUCUGGUGGGAAGGCUGAUCAGCCGCAUGCGACCAUUUACAAACAUCCCGACUCGCCCCAUUACGGCUCACACUGGGUUAAGAGUCCAAUUUCCUUCAGCAAGGUCAAGCUAACUAACCGCAUCGGAGAAGGACACCUUGUCUUGAACUCGCUGCACAAGUACGAGGCACGCGUCCAUGUUGUCCCGGAGCAGGGACAGUGUGUGCAUCCACUUCCUUCAAUCUGGAAGUCAUUCCGAGAAACACAGUUCAUAGCCGUUACUGCCUAUCAGAACGAAGAGGUCACACAGCUGAAAAUCAAGAACAAUCCCUAUGCAAAGGCAUUUACUGAGGCUCACAAGAAAACACGUGUGGUGGAAGAACAGUUUCGAGACACGAGUGGGUUGCAGCUGAUCCAGCCGCACCGACCAUUCACAGAUGAGCUGGUUGCUGACGAUGGAGAGAUGUCGGACGUCGACGAGUGUGUGUCUCCUAACCCAGUUGCAGCUACAUGCACGCCUCAAAUCUUCUUGGCUCCUCCCUACGAGGCUGAUUUCCCUCCUGAGUCAUUGUCAGCACCGCAGACGCUGAAGCGUGAUGAAUCAAUGGAGGUUGAUGAGCAGCAGCGUAACAGCCAUUCACUGCCAGUCGAUUCGGCACCGCAGGCAUUCCCCAGCACGUACUACAUCCGACAGCGAAAUGGACAAAUCACUCUCUGCGAUCAGGUCCAGCCUCAAAACAUGCAUGUGCCACUCUCACCACACCAGCCCUCUCCGUCCACAGCUGGGCUCAUGGAUCAGCAAGCACAACAGCAGCACCCGCCUCAGCCAGUUUCACCGCUAUACAUGAAUAUCCGCGGCGGCUCUCAGUCACCUGGCAUCGAGCUAUGCCAGCAGCAUCAACAGCAGCAUCAACAGGCGGCAAGCAUGCAUGCUACUUCUCCAACGCCGCAGCAGCUCACAGCCGCCAUUAACCAAUAUCAGUAUAGCAUUAUGUCCUCUUCUCCUCCUCCUGGACAGCUUCAAACAAUUCCUUUCCCACCUGUGCAGCAGCACUUGUCGCCGUCUUCACCCGAUGCUGCAGGUGGACAGGCCCUGCCGCCGUUUUCGCCUCAGAGCAACCCGACCUCGCCUCAAGGUCCAGGUACAUUGCGCUACAUUCCCCUACCAGUUCAACAACCAGGGUAUCCGCAUGCUUUCCCACAGCAGGUCCCCAGCACCACCGCUGCCGCCUCUACGCAUUUCCCACUGGUGCCGUCUGGUCAAAUGCACCCACUCCUUCCUCCACAAUAUGCAUCUCCUGCCCAGCACCAGCAUUGAUGACACCGGCACUAACAGCAGUAGCGCUACAACUGCAAUGCAACAAAGCAUGCUGCUGCUGUUGCUGCUGCUGCUCUCCCUUCCUGCUUGACAUACUGAUCCCAGCAUCGUCUCGGCCCGGACACAUUCAUAAUCCUAAGUAAAAUAUCUUGAGUGCCACAACUUAAACUGCAUGCACACCACCUUGAUAUCUCCUUGCGUAUGACCACCUGCUAUUCAAUAGUUCUAUUUGAGUAUAACGUUGCACCGCAAUCGCACACCUCCAGGGCUGGCCCUUGUCAUAACAGUUAGUCUUAGCUGUGCAUGGCUCAUGUUAGUGCACUUGUGCUUAGUAGUCGCGCAAUGGCUGUUCCCGGUAUGCCGUGUAACCUGGCCACCUGGCCAUACAGAACACCAGCCUAGAAGAGUGUAGCAACAAGUGAUCCACAUCAUGCUUAGACUCUGCUGUGGAGCUCCGCACCCUGGAGCAAGUACAUCCCGGCAUUCUCGAUCUUCAUCAUUUAGUUUGAAAGUCAGUUAUGAGCUAAUGUGUGUAUGUCUCGUCCUCAACACCAGACAUGCUCUUGUAUGCAGUACUGAUAUUGCCUUUAACCUCAUACUUAUAAUUAUUAUAUAAGACUUAGUGCUCCGUGCCAUAUGUACUAACUUACUCUUCCAGGGGCGGCGGAAGGUAUUCUUGUGUGAUACGGUCAAUCA